AUGCAUCGGUACUCAUUCCCUCAUGAGCCAGUCGCUCACCCCGACGCCAUGGUCGGCGGUACUGAAAAAUAUCGAUUCACAAUUCUGGCCGAUGGCUUGCUACGUUACGAAUGGGCUGAGGAUCAUCAGUUCGAGGACCGGGCAUCAGUGUUGGCAAUCAAUCGACGGUUGCCUGUACCUGAUUUUCGAGUGAAAUGCGACAAAUAUAAUCUUCAGAUCAUCACUUCCCGAUUCCACCUGACCUACAACAAAGGGAAAUUCUCCGCAAGCGGUCUCAGUGCCUCCGUCAAAGGCCGCUUCGGCCCUCAUUCCAGUGUCUGGCGAUAUGGAGCCCCAACUUCGAAUCUUGGAGGCACAGCUCGUACACUGGAUGAGAUUGAUGGGCGCACAACACUUGAGAAUGGUGUCAUUUCCAGACAGGGCUUCGCGACUAUAGAUGACUCCAAAUCCAUGCUCUUUGAUGAGAAUCAAUGGGUGACCACAAGACGAUCAGGAAACAGGAUAGAUGGCUACCUUUUUGCCUAUGGACAUGACUACCAACAGGCAAUUCAGGCAUUCUAUAGUCUUUCCGGUCCGCAACCGCUUCUCCCUCGCUGGACACUGGGAAACUGGUGGAGUCGAUACCAUGCAUACACAUCAGAGGAAUAUCUUGAGCUGAUGGACAAGUUCGAGGAGAACGGAGUUCCCCUUUCUGUUGCUGUCCUGGACAUGGACUGGCACAUUGUGAAUGACCUUCGAGUCAAAGAGGCCGGAGUGACGGGCUGGACUGGAUACACAUGGAACAAAACGCUAUUCCCCGACCCAAAGGCUUUUAUGACAGCACUGCAUGAGAAAGAUGGAGUUCAAGGCUACGAAGACUCCUACGAGGAGAUGGCGCUCACGCUGAAACAUGACACAUCGAUGCGAGACCCUAUUCCAUUUGACAUCACCAAUAGAGCGUUCCUCGAUGCAUUUUUUGAUGUCUUGCACCGAAAGUUCGAAAGAGAUGGCCUUGAUUUAUGGUGGGUCGACUGGCAACAAGGAACACACUCCCGUAUCCCAGGCAUCGACCCUCUUUGGGUCUUGAACCACUAUCACUUCCUGGACAGUGCACUUGACAACAAGCGGCCACUGACCUUCUCACGAUAUGCCGGACCCGGUAGCCAUCGCUUACCCAUCGGGUUCAGUGGAGAUACUUGCAUGACAUGGGAUUCUCUCAAAUUCCAACCUGAGUUCACAGCCACAGCCUCAAAUAUCGGAUAUGGCUGGUGGAGUCAUGAUAUUGGUGGCCACUUUCAUGGCGAAAGAAGCGAGGAAAUGCUCAUCCGUUGGGUUCAGCUUGGCGCAUUCUCCCCCAUCUUGCGACUGCAUUCAUCCAACAAUGUUUUCAGCGUCAAGGAACCAUGGAAUCUUUCAGAGCCAUAUCAAUGUGCGAUGAAAAAGUAUCUUAACAUUCGCCAUCGUCUGAUUCCAUACCUGUACACGAUGAAUGCCCACGCAGCCAAACAGGGUAUUCCUCUAGUCCGACCCAUGUAUUGGAUCUACCCCGACAGCGAAGAAGCCUACGACGUUCCCAAUCAGUAUAUGUUUGGCUCCGAGCUCAUUAUUGCUCCUGUCACUGGUCCUGUUAACGCAAAUUCACAAAGAUCGGAGGUCAUCGCCUGGCUUCCUCCAGGUCGAUAUGUUGACCUUUCCACUGGCAUCGUGUAUGAAGGAAACCGCCGCCUUCGACUUUAUCGUUCCAUAAUGAAAUAUCCAGUCUUCGCACGCGAAGGCGCCAUCAUCCCGACAGAUGGAUCCCUGGUUCUUGGAAAUGGCUGUCAGAUUCCUUCUGCCAUUGACCUCAUGGUGGUUGUUGGUGCCGACGGUCAAUUCGAGCUUCUGGAAGAUGAUGGAAAGGGUCAAUCAGUGGAUCAAGUCAAGUUUCACCGCACUCCAGUCACCUUCCAUCAGGACAAUCAUAAGUUGGUCAUUGGUCCCACAAUUAGUUUCAGCCAUGAAAAGUUCGAUCCCCGCCAAUGGAACGUACUCCUUGUCGGAUACAAGCGGCAAAAGGAAGUUCGCGUAUCAAUCAGGAUGAGCCCUGGUACCGCAGUGAGAACAUUUCAAGUUGAGGGAAGCAUCACGACAAACAAACGUGGUCUUUUUCUUCCAUUGGGAUCGUUUCCCAGCCAUGCAGAAAUCACUGUUCACCUUGAGAAGGAUCCUACACUAGAUGUGCAAGAUUCCGCAGCUCAGAUCAGAAAUUUCCUACGUGAGGCUCAGAUGAAUAUGGAUUGGAAGGAUACUAUCAAGAGCAUUUUUGACGUCUCAAAGCCCAAGCUGAUGCAAAUUAGCGAGUUAAAUGCUCUUCCUAUUCCUCAUAAUUUGUUGAAUCCCAUCUACGAGAUACUGCUGGCGGACAGCCGUUCUUAUGACGCCCGCGAAAAAUAA